UUAAGUGUUUGCGGGGCCGGGGCUGUGUGGUGUCUGCUGGCAGUUUGAACGGUGCACGGUCGAAACUCUGAAGCGGCUCCCGCAGUGACAGGCAGCGCGCCGCCCUCGGUGACAGAUCCGCCUCGGUUGUAGCGGGUCGCCCUGAACCGGCAGCCUGCCGCCGCUCUGACAGUCGUGUUGUAGAGCUGUAGGAAGGCGCGGGUCAGCCGGCCACAGCGAGGAGAAUGAGGGCUCUGAGCGGCGCAGAGGCUGGCCGGAGCCCGGGCUGUGGUGCGUGGUCCUCGGGUGGUCGCGGCGGGCUGUGUUGACAGAGGCGGCGCGCGCGGAUUUAAUGCCACUUUGUACGUCAAAGUGUCAACAGACUGUGUGGCGGCGGCUCGCGCGCGCUGUCAGACGAACUUUGCUGGCAGCAUGGCAGCCUCGGGUUCAGGGUGCUUUCACUCCGCGCUCGCGCAGACGGUAAUUUGCUCUAAUGGAGCGCAAAAGGCUGCGCCGAGCGAGCCCGUCUGUCAGCGUAACACCGCGGCGGAAACAUCAGCGUCGAUCGGGUGUGAGCGUGUGUGUGUGUGUGUUUUUUCCACGGUAGAAGCUGCGAGAUGCGUCGUCGCACCAAGUUGUCAUGUUUCCAUUGUCGCCUUCCGAGCGACGCCAAGUUGGAAGGUUUUGCUGAGAUGCGCGCAGACUUGGCUUCAGCUUCCCUGCAAAGUGUUGUUUCUGCAUCGGGCUGACAGUUUCGAUCAGACUGCAUUUAAAGCUCAGGAGCGGUCACAGUCAGACCAGGCGCAUGAAAUAAAAUCAGAUAUGUUGAGAACAGGAGGCUUGAAAUCUGAGAGCUGUCAUUUCACUGAACGCGCUGGAAUAAAGUAGACCGGCGGAAGUCACACAGUUCUGCAGCUCUUAAAUACGUUUUCUGAAAAUGUAGUUAGCCUAAUUGUGUUUACAGUAGCGGCUGUUUGUCCCCGACUGGAGGUCAUAAUUCACCACCUUCUCAUCAGAGGACAUCCGUCUAUUUAGGCUGCACUCUGUCCUGCUUCUAUUUUCGGACGUGUCCAGUUACAGACUUCAGUCUUGACAUUGAGUUUAAGAUUCUGUCAUAAAUCUGGGUUUGAGGGUUUGUUGAGCCAGUUCUGCUUUGAUUUGAUUAAAUAUUAGUUUAAAGUAAGAGACGUGGAGCCGCACUGUGGCACGCUGUCAAAGCGCUGCAGCUUCACAACAACACGCUGUCACAGGUUUUAUUCCUGCAAACGAGGAGAACUGUUACUUGUGUAACCUUGCCAGCUGUUGUUUUGAAGAUUCAAUAAGGCGAGGACAUCUUGCGGUUGAAAUUAAAAUUCAUUGUUCGGAUGUUUAUUUGUGUGGAGGAGAAAGGGGAGGGAAAAAAGAGAAAAGUUUGCAGUUGUGAGUGAGCCGCUUCUUUAUUUCAGCAGCUUGUUCGCAGUGAAGCCGACAGCGCGCUGCUGCAGGCGGACACAGGCGCAACUUUCCUCCCUCACUGUGAACGAGAGAGCAUUAAACUGCCAGAGAUUUUAAAAUAACACGCAGGACAUCGAUGGUGGUUAUUACUUAAACAUGAGCUGUUUUAUUUAUCAGUCAGUGCCAUUAUUUUUGUUGAGGAAAAAAAAAUCUAAUAAUAAUACCGUUAUUACAGAAUUAUAUUGUGACACUUUGGUCUGCCCCAGUCAGUCAGAAUGUGCUUCAGACCUUCCCUCGUCUUAAUUUGUUGUAUUAACUUGUCAACCGCCGGUUUAGAGAGAAAGUGAGGAGGGAGAAUCGAUUCUAAAGGUAGAAAUUUGAACGUCUAGACAGUGUUUGUUUAAUAAAUGGCGCCGCCUUCUGGAGGAACGGCCGCAUCUGUUUCUCACUCUGCCACACUGACAAAGAGCAGUGAGGAUCAUAAAUAAUUUCAGCCCAAUUAAUUAAUUUAUAGAUUACCUGUACCUCAGCCUUGAAGCGCGGGGAACUUGACAAAAUGGCUUGCGCAGCAGACAGCUGCAUACAGUUCACACGCCAUGCAAGUGAUGUCCUGCUCAACCUGAAUCGGCUGCGUAGCAGAGAUAUUCUCACAGAUGUCACUAUCUUGGUCAACAGGCAGCAGUUUCGUGCACACAAGACCGUUCUCAUGGCUUGCAGUGGGCUGUUUUACACCAUCUUUACUGACUCCCACAAGUGCAACCUUAAUGCUAUCAGCCUGGACCCAAAGGUGGACCCAGAGGGCUUUGCCAUCCUGCUUGAGUUUAUGUACACUUCCCGUCUCACACUAAAGGAGAGCCUGAUUAUGGCGAUCAUGAACACAGCCAUCUACCUGCAGAUGGACCAUGUUGUGGACACCUGCCACAGAUUCAUCAAAUCCAGUGAUCCAACUGCCAAGCUGCCCAGAGAUGAGUUUUUGGUCAGUCCCCUGGUUUUACCUCAGGACGUCCACGCCUACCGGCCCCAUGAUGUUGUUGACAGUUUGCACAGCCGCGUAGCUCCAUUCAGGGAUGGGAGGCCCUACGGCUCAAACAUGUUCAAUGGGGUCAGCACCCCCAGCAACUACCAUCUCUACGGGCAGUUUCCCAUGCCAGGAUUCCCUUUCCCUCUCUGCAAGCUGACUGAUGCCAAAAACGCUUUUGCUGACCUCUCGAAGAGCGGCAUCCACCACAAGCAUUGUUCACCGCACGACAGCGCCAACAUCAUCAGGCCAGAAUACACCAGGGCAGUGGGCACAAGCUCCUCCAGCAUUAUUCACUCCACCACCUACGCUUCCAGGGAGGUAGGGAGAGACGACGAGAUGAGGAAGGAAAGCCACGAGGGGGUCAGUCAGUCUAUCGCUCUCGGCACGAGGAAGCGUGCGUUCCCUGUGUUGACCCUCGAGCACCAGAAGGACUCUGGCAAAGAUCACGCUCCUCAGGCAGAGGAAGACCUGAUCCAUCAGCACUACCUCCCUGGAAUCUCCUCCGCUGGACGCAAGAGCCUCAUGAGCAGCCCACAGAGCCCCCUCAAGUCAGACUGCCAGCCCAACUCCCCAACAGAGUCCAGCAGUAGCAAGAACGCCGGCCUCUCGCAAGCUACCGGAGUGCAAGCCCCGCAGGGCACGCAGGACCCCAAAGCUCGCAACUGGAAGAAGUACAAGUUCAUCGUAUUGAAUCAGAGCGCCAAGGAAGAAGAGGUGGGGCUGCGGGAUCCCGGGAUUCGUUCGCCUCCCCGCCUCGGCCUGCAACCCUACCUCCACCCCAGCGACUCGGAGAACCUCGACCCGCAAACCACGAGCAAGAGCAACGAUCACAGCGAGGACCUACCUGUGCCCCAGGCCAGCCGUCUCAACAACAUCAUUAACAGUGCCCUCGAGGGCUCGCUGAGGAACGGCGACAGCCACCCUCCACACUACUUGAGCCGCCUGAACUGCUCGUCCUGCGGCACGCCGUCCCCGCAGCACUCAGAAGUCUGUCCCAACACCUCCAGGUCCCGUCUCGCGGAAGACAUGGCAGAGCUGCACUCAGAAUACUCAGACUCCAGCUGUGAAAACGGAACGUUCUUCUGUAAUGAAUGCGACUCCAAGUUUGCUGAAGACGAAGCGCUGAAACAACACAUGCUUCAAGUACACAGCGACAAGCCAUACAAGUGUGACCGCUGCCAGGCUGCUUUCCGCUACAAGGGCAACCUUGCCAGCCACAAGACUGUCCACACAGGAGAGAAGCCGUAUCGCUGUAAUAUCUGUGGUGCUCAGUUCAACAGACCAGCUAACCUCAAGACUCACACUCGCAUCCACUCAGGAGAGAAGCCAUACAAAUGUGAGACGUGUGGAGCUCGUUUUGUACAGGUUGCUCAUCUCCGUGCCCAUGUGUUGAUCCACACGGGCGAGAAGCCAUAUCCAUGCGAGAUCUGUGGAACACGCUUCCGUCACCUGCAGACGCUGAAGAGCCACCUGCGCAUCCACACGGGAGAAAAGCCCUACCAUUGUGAGAAAUGCAACUUGCACUUCCGCCACAAGAGUCAGCUACGGUUGCAUCUUCGACAGAAGCACGGCGCCAUCACUAACACGAAGAUCCAGUACCGCAUGUCGACGGCAGACAUGCCAACUGACUUGACGAAGGCAUGCUGAACCGGAAGAAGGGAACAGUUUUAAAGGAGGCAAUCUUGACCUUGGCAUUUAAAGACCCCAACUUGUACAAUCAUCCAAAAUUGUAGUGCCACACUGUGUUCAUUAGACAAAUAAAUUGGCUGUGUAUGCCAUUGUAAACGGGUUUCCACUACAUGUGAACGUAGAGCCACAUAUGGCAUCUUAGUCACUUUAUUGUUUCUAUAUAGAUAUAAAUAUAUAUAUAUACAUAUGUAUGUUGGAAGUGUUUCUAAGCUUUGAAGGUACGUAUAUAAAGCUUUAUUUUGUUGAGAAGGAUGGAAUGUAAACAAUCUGUUUUUUGAAAAUACAGUAUUUUAUAUCAGAGAACUUACUUUUCUGAAAGUAUUAAAAAUUUUGAUUGACGGGUGGUACAUAUAUUUUAAGAUAACGAGAUUUGCGGCUGUAUAGAGUUGUCUAUACAUUUUUAUGUAGAUGUACGUACAUGUUGCACCAUGUCAAGUUGCCAUAUUCAUGUGACGAGGGGGGGGAAAAAAUGACAUUGUAAUUGGUUUUAGUCUAAAACAUAUCAGAUGACUGCUGCUGUCUGAUGAGGAUAUGCAUGAGGUACUCUUACCGUUGCCAGUUGUCAGCGCACAUGAAGUGGGCAACUGCAUAAAUAUUGUGACAUAUUGUGUAAUUAUAUCUGUGGGAUUGCUCUCUGCGGGCAGAGCCAAUCUAAGUGUUGAAAUGCAUUUCAAGGUACUGCUUUGUUUUGACCAAGAAAAUAUUUUGCUUCAAAUGUAUUUGUAUAGAUGUGAAUUUUUUGUUUCUGUUAAUUUGUUUUCCAUAAGUGAAGGUUUACAGUUUCGGUCAUUGUUCUAGAUCCUACAGUAAAGUUGUGUAAGUGUCGAGGUUUUUGUUUGUACAUACACUGUGUAUUCGAUGUGCCUUUCUCUAUGGUGACUGAAUUCUUCUCCGUUCAGCCCGGCUGUAUUAAGGUACAACUCAAGGACGCCACUUGUCCUAGAUCCCUGUGUGUGUGUGUGUGUGUGUGUGUACAUAUUUUUAAAUGCUUGUCAUCAACCCUAAAACAUGCAAAUUCAUCAUUGUAAAUCUUCAGGACUUGUUUUGGAUUGGACUUUUUUAACUGCAUUAAAAUUAUUGUACAAUGUUUAGAUGUAUGAAUGUAAAAUAAACGUAUUGGAUUUCUA